AUGUUCGACCAACCAAUUUUACCGCCGGCCGGGAAAAAGAAUGCUCAACCAUUAAUUAGUUUUAACCACACAAAAACAUGUGGCCCUAAGUAUUUGGUUAUGUGCAGAAAAUUAAGUAACGAUACACUCGCAAAUGUGCCGCCUUUCUUAAUUAAAAAGGUAAUCGAUUAUACCGCCGGUAGUGAAGUGGAAACUUGCAAAAAACUCAGAAAUGGUAACAUAUUAAUUAAAACUAAAAACUACAAUCAAGCCGAAAAAUUAGUGAAAUUAGUGGCACUCUCGCCCACUAUACACAUUGAAAUCUCCGAGCACACUUCACUUAACUCAACUAAAGGGGUCAUCUACUCCAACGAUUUGCGCGGUAUAAAAGAAGAAGAAAUCCUCGAUGAAUUGAGAAACCAAAACGUAACAGAAGUGAAGAAAAUACUUAAAAAGGAAAACAACGACUCACUGAAGGAGACUGGUCUAAUUAUACUCACUUUCUCUUCAAUAUCUCUGCCAACUGAAAUGUCAAUAGGCGAAGACAACGAAGAAUGUGUAAACAAAAAGAACUGCGUCAACUGCAAAGAAAACGACAUCCAAACCUACAACCACAACUCAUACGACAAAAAAUGGCCCAUAUUCGUACGUGAGAAAGAGAUUCAAGCGAUCAUAACAUUGGAAAAGGUUGACAGAAGGAAAGCAAUAUCCACAUACAAAGAGCGAAACCAUCAUAGCGGACCAUCUUACUCAGCUGUCACCCGUAACAACUCUGCUCUAUACGCACAAACACAAGAAUCGCCCGCUCAAAGUAGCACCGUCACCAAACCAAUAAAUCAGCAACGGCAACGAAGAGAACUAGUAAGUUAUGAAAGCUUACCUUCAGACGACGACGUCACUCCUUCAACAUCGAAGCCUUUGCCUAAACCCACCACACAGCGUAUAACCGAAACAAAAAUUAAAAUUUUUCCCAGAGGUAUUUCAAACAAAAUGAAAGCUAUACUGAAAUUACAGCACUCUGCAACUAGCAAUUCCAAAUCACCAAAACCAACCAAACAUGAGCUCGACGAUUCAUCCGAAUCCACAACAAUGGAACUACAACAUGAGGAAGUCCUAUAG